UGGUAGUAGCGGGGUGGGGGUGGGGCCUCAGUUUCCAUGGUGACAGUAAACAAGGCUGCGGAGCCACUGCUGCAGCAGCCACCAUGAUUCCCCCAGUUGACUCUCUGCUCAAGUAUGACACCCCGGUGCUAGUGAGCCGGAACACAGAGAAGCGGAGCCCCAAGGCCCGUCCCCUGAAGGUCAGCCCCCAGCAGCCAGUGGUUACAGGGCCAAUCCCACAGCCACCUAAAAGCAAGGCCGUCCCUUCUACUUCUGCUGCCCCAGACCCCUCCAAGCAGGCUGAAGAGAUUCUGAACUCCAUCUUGCCACCCAGAGAAUGGGUGGAAGAUACUCAGCUAUGGAUCCAGCAGGUGUCCAGCACCCCCAGCACCAGGAUGGAUGUGGUGCACCUUCAGGAGCAGCUGGACUUGAAGCUGCAGCAGCGACAGGCUCGGGAGACUGGAAUCUGCCCAGUGCGCAGGGAGCUCUACUCCCAGUGCUUCGAUGAGCUGAUCAGAGAAGUGACCAUAAACUGCGCGGAGCGGGGCUUGUUGCUGCUCCGAGUCCGGGAUGAGAUCCGCAUGACCAUUGCCGCGUAUCAGACCCUGUACGAAAGCAGCGUGGCCUUUGGCAUGAGGAAGGCGCUCCAAGCCGAGCAAGGGAAGUCCGACAUGGAGAGGAGGAUUGCAGAUUUGGAGACAGAAAAGAAAGAUUUGGAGAGGCAAGUGAAUGAACAGAAGGCCAAGUGUGAGGCCACGGAGAAGCGGGAGAUUGAGAGGAGGCAGGUAGAAGAGAAGAAGCACAAUGAAGAGAUUCAGUUCCUGAAGCGCACCAAUCAGCAGCUGAAGGCCCAACUGGAAGGCAUCAUUGCACCAAAGAAGUGAAGAUUUCUACGUGGGCCCCAAUGAAAACUAUCCCUAUAUAAACAGUCCCCUGUAAUAAAAAGCUACAGUUUAGUGAGUGAACCAGCCCAAGCCCAUGGCCUCCAGAAAAAAAAAAAUACCAUGUAACAUUCAAACCAUAGCCUAAAUGCCCUGAAAAUACUUCAAGAUUUGGUAGCAAUGCCCAAGUUUGGACGAUGGGAAUUCAUGUCUCCCAGAUGUCUUCCAUACUUGUCAGACAGUUCUGGAAUUAGCUAAAAGCCCUCUUGGCAUUGCUCAAUAUAGAUUCCUGAACAAGGGUUGUCCAGCUCAGUUGAAAUGGCAAUUAUCGCACCUUCUCUCCUACAGCCAAGCAAAGUGGCUCCUUCUCCCUCAAACUCUAGUUUUCUAUAUUUCUUAUUCCCUCACCAGCGCUUCUCCCAAUGCUUGCUACUUGUUCCACUCCUCCAAAGGGUUGCCUCUCUGGGGUCAGUCUUUCCCUAACUGUAGUCUUUAAGACAUGUUUUUAUGCUUUGCUUCGAGUUAGCCCAGUCCUUCUAAUAAAUCAACCACUAUGGCCUCUGCUGCUUCAAACUGCCAACAGCUAUUUCUCUUCAGAGGAAGUAAGAUUUUAAUGUUCAUGGUUUUGUUUGGUGUUUGCUAGAAAGAAAUCUGAGUCAUGCAUAUCUAUCACAAGGAGGUCCCAUACAUACACCCCGGCAAGCUAUUUCAGAAAUUAUCAACCUAUUUAAGAAAGUUUCUGUUGCUGGACUUGCUCUUAGACUGCAGAAAGAAGACAUAUCCUCUAAAUAGCCACACCAAAUUAGACUAAUCAAAACCCCAAGAAGCAACCUUGAUUUAAAUCAUCUGCUAAACCAAUCAGUGAGAAGUAACCACAGAUGGCUACUACUCUUGCUCAAAAGGAUAAACUUUCAAAUCAAAGUAAAAUAAAUCCAAAUCAG